AUGGUUUUCGACGUGGAUAUUCGAUUCCUAUCAAUCAGUAAAUUAUUGCGCGAAUGCCGCGUCAUAGCAGCAAAGACGCAUCAUUCAAUUAGCCGCAUCACCGGUGAUUUGGAGGACGAGCAUUACCUGGAGCUCGCUUCGAAACUACCCAUGUCAUCGGAAGAGCACGUGCGCUUCGUGGAAGAAAAACUUUCCCAAAAGGAAAGCACGGAUGCUAUGAUGCGGCUAAUAUUGAAGUCGAAGGGCGCAAAAGGCAGUGUGGACGGCGUACUACGUGGUUUGUUUUCAGACGAUGUAAUGUACCAUUACAAUUUAGAGGGGCGCAAGGAGAAGAAAUCCCUACUAAAACUAAAAUGCGUAGGGUUAGUUUUUGAUAUAUUUCCUGACAAGGAUAAAAACAGUAUAUAUGGGGAGCUCCGGAGAUUUGUGGCCUUAAGCCACAAUCGUUAUAAACAGAAGAAACAUAAACUAAGGGCUAAAUUAAUAUAAGUUUUAUUAUUAUUACUUAUAUAUAUUAGUUUUAAGUUGUAAAUAUUAGUUUUAAGUUGUAAAUAUUAGUUUUAAGUUGUAAAUAUUAGUUUUAAGUUGUAAAUAUUAGUUUUAAGUUGUAAAUAUUAGUUUUAAGAUGUACAUAUUAGUUUUAAGUUGUAUAUAU